CUUCCAGUUCUAAAGGUAGAGAAAUGAAAGGGGCUAUGUUCAGUCAUCGACAGUUGAGGCGGCGAUGGCUAGUCCUCCACUUGCUAAUUAUUUAGAACAGUUGAAUUAGAGUAAUCGUAUGAUCUAUUGAUUUAAAAGCUAGAUCUUAAGUUGAAACGGAGGAGAUUUGAUUCUAACCGCACAUCUAUUCUUGAUAGCAGCAGCCUUAGUAGAACGACACACUUACGAAGUCGUUUAUGAUCCUAGCAGAACUGCAGUUAUUUCUCCUCUAAACAAAGAUGGUAUAUUUUUCAAAGCAGCUCAAGGCGGUCAAAAAAGUUUCGCAAUACAUACGAUUGCCAUCAAAUAGAACAAUAGUUAUGCGCCGCAAAGGACAGCGGCCAUAAGCCGUCAACAGGUCAUCAUCGUCGCGUUAGAAUUAGCCAACCUAUUUCUUUUUCCUGCUUCUACGAACCUUUGUUUUGGCUAUUACAUAAUAAUGAAAGGUUAUAAAUGCUUAUUUACCACCUCAAUGGUAUGUUUAUCUUCUUUGUUAAUUGAAAGUGUCAAAGAUAAGUCUUAAUUGUUAAAAGCAAGUGUGAAAUCAUCGAUGGUGUGUCAUCGAUGGUGACAAUUUACUAAUAUGCCGAGUGAAUCACAAUUACAAGUUUAAAAGUUUACUGCAUAAGAGCCUGUGAACUACUCAGCGUGGCAGACUUUCUAGGGAGGAUACUAGGAAACAGAAUACCAAUUUGUCCGCACAAAAAAUAGCUUCUUCUGCCACGAAUAGGACUGAGACCUCAGAAGAGAACGAGGCUUAAGUUUGCAAAUUAUUUUUGACCUCGGAUUAUCUGAAACCGGGCCCGUAUUUUGGGAGAUGGGGCAGCUCCCCACUCCCUUGUCAGUACAUAUCUCGGUGGGCUGUAUGAUCGCACAUAGCAGAGCAAGUUCACCCUAUGAGACACUCACGUACGACGAAUAGUGUAACAUUAGGUGGAAUUGAAUACGGCUCGAGUAAAAUUUAUGAAGGGUAAAAAGCUUAGGUUUUCUUGGCUAAAGCAAAUUAUUUGCUACGGAUCCAUGCAUGCCUAUUUAAAUAAAUGGUUUGAGUUCUGCAUUAGAUAUUUAAAUCGUAAGUCGUUGCUUCAGACGGCUUGUCCUUUACAGCGCGAAAUGAAAUUUAUCUACGUCCAGGUUCCAACCCAUACGACGACGUGUACCUAAGCUUAGUAAGAAAACUCAAGCAUGCCUUUUUAAAAUAUCAAAAAUGGAACAGUUUAUCUAUAUCGAUAACUUGACACAAAUGUUGCCAGAUGUUGGGCGGGCAGAUGACACCGAUGUUAUCUGCUGCUCUUUCUGCCGAUAGCCGCAUCGCGCUUAGUUCGGCAAUCAACGUUCGACACCAAACAUGUUAGUGCGGCGCAUUUAGCUGGCAACAGCACAUUCAUUAAGAGUGUUCUAAGUUUGAUAUUAGCUGCUUAGUGCAUUUAUGUAAGUUAUUUAAACGGCUUCUUAAUUUAAAAAAAAACUAUCAUGGGACCCCGAUGUCAGUCAAGAAUAGAUGUAAGCUAUAGAAGGCAUCGUUUUAAAUAUUAUAUUUAAAGUCCGGAUCAUUGCGAGCUGCGUACGAAUGACCGUUCGUUGUAAUACCAACAUUACAUGUGAUUUAUAUAAUUCAGUCAAACAUCACACUCAAGGCAGUAUGUUCGACUACAGCGGAAAGACGAUUUUGGCUCCUAUGGUUCGGAUUGGGACCCUUCCGAUCCGUCUUCUAGCAUUAGAAUGCGGAGCAGAUCUAGUUUACUCGGAAGAACUAAUCGAUUAUCGGCUACUAAAGUGUCGUCGAAUCGAAAAUGUUCUCCUUGGAAGUAUUGACUUCGUCGAUCCCGAUAACCAAAUCAUUUAUAGAACGUGCGCGAAAGAACAGGGUAGAAAUAUUCUUCAGAUAGGGACAUGCUCACCAGAGCGUGCUGUGCAGUUCGGGGUCGUUCAUCAGGUGGCACAGAUGGUAGAGAAGGACGUCGCUGGGAUUGACGUGAACAUGGGUUGUCCAAAGGAGUUCUCGAUCAAAGGAGGAAUGGGUGCCGCUCUUCUCAAUCAACCCGAGAAAAUCGAAGCUAUACUGCGCGCGCUGGUCAACACUGUCCCGCAUCUUCUGGUAACAUGUAAGGUGCGCGUAUUCUGGGACGUCGAAGCUACUGUUGAAUUAUGUCGACGCAUUGAGGCAACAGGCGUUCGAGCCCUUGCGGUGCACGGCAGAACCCAAAAUGAACGUCCACAGCAUUCUAACCGUAACGGUACUAUUCGAGCAGUUGCCAAAGCUCUGAAAAUCCCAGUAAUUGCAAACGGUGGCUCUUCUGAAAUUAAUUGUUUUUCGGAUUUAAAGCGCUUUCUUAACGAUUGUGGCGCUGCUGCGGUGAUGGUGGCCCGUGUUGCGGAAGUUAACGUUAGUAUUUUUCGGAAAGAAGGUAUGUGGUCUACGGAAGAACUAGUGACUCACUACCUGCGUCUUGCAAUUGAGUGGGAUAAUCGCUUCGCUAACACCAAAUACUGUAUUCAGCAAAUGCUUGGCUCACAACAGGAUACAACUGAAAAGGGUCGGAGAUUGCUUCAAGCCCGAUGUAUGGAGGACAUCUGUGAUAUUUGGGGACUACGACAAAUGUAUGAGGAUAAGCAGGCCCAUUGGCGUCGCGAGGCACAAGCUUUACGAGCAUGCAACGAGGAGCGUGGGCUCAAGAGGAAGUUGAACUCAGAAGGCGCAGACGACGAUGGAGUGUUUGAGAUGGAAGCUAAGUUCUGUCGCAACCUUUUUGGCAAUGCAGAACUUCCCAAGACACUGCUGCUUAACCGCAGCCGAGUGGAAAAACGAGAUCAGCCAAAGUAUACUGUUAUAAAUGUAGAUAAAAUGUUUCGCGCUGUUGUUCAUUAUGAUGGUAAACGUUACGCAAGUCUCUUUCGAGACAAGAAUAAGCGGACGGCUGAACAGAGUGCGGCCCUCGUAUGUCUCUACGCUUUGGGUGCAAUUGGCGAAGAUAAGAUUCGAGGGGAUUCGAAAGGUAAAAUGCUUCACGAUGAGGGAAAGGGAGACUAGCACAGGGGGUUAGU